AAUAACCCCACUCCGGAACACCCCCAUCCAAGUUUAGAGCGUCGGAUUCCGGUGAAGGGAAGAAGGGCACGGAGGAGAUAUGGCGGUGACCGUGACUUUAUCGCUCUCUCUUCUUCUCUUAUCUCUCUCAAGUACAGGAGCGGAGAAUGCAGAGGAGCGUCUAGUGAACUACCUGUUGAGUCCAGAGCGUUAUAACAAACUGAUCCGUCCUGCUGUUAACAAGAGCCAGCAGGUUACCAUCUCUAUACAGGUGUCUCUGUCACAGCUCAUUAGUGUGAAUGAGAGAGAACAGAUUAUGACCACCAACCUCUGGCUGUUCCAGGAGUGGAAUGACUACAGACUGAGAUGGGACCCAGAGAAAUAUGAAGGCAUCAAAAAACUACGAAUCCCAUCUCAACACAUCUGGCUUCCUGAUAUUGUUCUCUACAACAAGUAUGUAACGCAGAACUGCACGCUCAAGUUCCGCUCGUGGACCUACGACCACACCGAAGUCGACCUCAUCCUCACCAGCGACUUCGCCAGCCGGGACGACUUCACGCCGAGCGGCGAGUGGGACAUCGUGUCGCUGCCCGCCCGCAAGAACGAAGACCCCGACGACAUCACUUACCUGGACAUCACCUACGACUUCGUCAUCAAGAGGAAGCCACUGUUCUACACCAUCAACCUGAUCAUCCCCUGUGUCCUCAUCACCUCUCUGGCCAUCCUGGUCUUCUACCUGCCCUCUGACUGUGGGGAGAAGAUGACCCUGUGUAUCUCUGUCCUGCUGGCCCUCACUGUCUUCCUGCUGCUCAUCUCUAAGAUAGUACCGCCCACCUCUCUGGCUGUGCCUCUCAUAGGUAAAUACCUGAUGUUCACUAUGGUGUUGGUCACCUUCUCCAUCGUGACCAGUGUGUGUGUCCUCAACGUCCACCACCGCUCCCCGUCCACCCACCGCAUGCCUGACUGGGUCAAACGCCUCUUCCUGCUCCGCCUCCCCGCCUUCCUCCUCAUGAGACGACCCGGGAACAAUAACGUCCAGGAAAAAGUUAGACGGAAGCACGCCACUGCCGGGAACACCACCUCCGGGAACCCUGGGAAUUCCCGAGGAGGGGUGAAAAAGCGCUAUUCCGACAUCAAGCUGGGAGGAAUCCAGACGGACUCUGACUCGUUCUUUGUGAAGGAGGAUUCGGCCCGGAGGUUUGGCUGGAAGGUGGGAGACGUGUCAGGGGACGGCGGUGUCCCGGAGAUCAGGCGUCGCGUGGCGGUCCAGUGGGACGCUGACCUGGAGGAGGCAGUGGAUGGAGUGAGGUAUAUCGCUGAACACAUGAAGACGGAGGACGGAGAUGAAGGGAUCAUAGAGGACUGGAAGUACGUAGCGAUGGUAAUUGACCGUCUGUUCCUGUGGAUCUUUAUCCUGGUGUGUGUGGUGGGAACCCUGGGUCUCUUCAUGCAGCCCCUCUUCCAGAGCUACAACACUCCUACUGCAGACAGCAACGAGUAUGGUGAUUUCUGAGAGCCCCUGGGCGUCAGAGAGGGAAACCCUGUAGCAGCUAAACGGACCGUUGUCCUACGAACUCUGGAGCAACCUGUGCCAAAGCACCGUCAGUAGUACUUCUCCCCUCGGCAGUAGCUCAUGAAGCAUUAUAAGACAUUAUAGAGGUACUAUAGGGUCUACUGUGAGCCGUAUGCUGGAUCUCUCUUUCUAACUCUCUCUGGGCUCUCCACUCUUCAAGACAAGAUCUGAACGAACAACAGUAGUACUUCUCCCCUCGGCAGCAGCCCAUGAAGCAUUAUAAGACAUUAUAGAGGUACUAUAGGGUCUACUGUGAGCCGUAUGCUGGAUCUCUCUCUCUAACUCUCUCUGGUUUCUCCACUCUUCAAGACAAGAUCUGAACGAACAACAGUAGUACUUCUCCCCUCGGCAGCAGCCCAUGAAGCAUUAUAAGACAUUAUAGAGGUACUAUAGGGUCUACUGUGAGCCGUAUGCUGGAUCUCUCUCUUUCUAACUCUCUCUGGGCUCUCCACUCUUCAAGACAAGAUCUCAACUAACAGGACGCUUUCAGGUUCUCUUCCUUCUCAUGUACUAUGCAUGGACAGUGUCUCUCUUUUGUUU